AAGACAGCAGCAACAGCAGAAGAAGAAGCAGACGGUAGACCUGUUUAUUUCCUGGUUAUGUAAAGUGAAGAAGAUAGUCGAUUGUAUUUUUCUGAGCUAAAGCGAAAUAAUCUUCGCAAAAAUGUUGAAGGGAUUAGGAACGUGGUUGGGUCUGGAAAAUGCAGCGAACAAAAAUACGUCAGAGGAAAAGCAAAAGGAGCGCGUGGAGACAGAAGAAAAGGUUGUUGAAGCACAAAAUGAUGUAAACAAACAGCAGCCAUCUGAGGAAGCUGAACAGAAGAACCAGGAACUGACGACAGGAUUAGGAGGCUACAUCUUCAGUUUUGCCUCCAGUGCUACUAAGAAGAUCUCUGAAUCCGUGGUUGAGACAGCUCAGUCCAUCAAGCAAAGCGUGAAAGAGGGAAACAUCGAUGGCAUCAUAGACAAGACAUUCAUCGGUGACUUCCAAAAGGAGCAAGAGAAGUUUGUUCAAGAAAAGAAGGCAAAAAAGUCUGAUGCAGCGGUCCCUCCCUGGGUCGGUUACAAUGAGGAAGAGACGAUCCAGCAACAGAUCCUUGCUUUGUCUGCUGACAAGAGAAACUUCUUGCGUGACCCUCCAGCUGGUGUUCAGUUCCAUUUCGACAUGGAGCAGAUGUAUCCUCUGGCUGCAGUGAUGCUGGAAGAAGACCUGCUGCUCAACCGCAUGCGCUUCGACCUCGUCCCCAAACAAGUGAAGGAGGAGGUUUUCUGGAGAAAUUAUUUUUACCGGGUGUCACUGAUCAAACAGUCAGCUCAGCUCACAGCAUUGGCAGCAGCUCAGCAGAAAGACGGCGAGGACAGAAGCACAAGUGUGUCGCCUGAGGACGUCAUCUUAACGGAUAAUGUCAGACCCAGAACUCCACCUGUUUCCAUCACGGACAUGCAGAAGCCACAUCACGAAGAAGAGGAAAUGAUGUCAACAAGUCCCGGAGUGUCAGAGUUUGUGAGUGACGCCUUCGACUCAACGGCCAUCAACCAAGAGGACCUGCGGAAAGAGAUGGAGCAGCUGGUGCUGGAUAAAAAGGAGAACGUGUCUUCACCAGAGGCUCUGCCCUCUUCUCAUUCAGAGGAACCAUCAGACUGGGAGAAGGAGCUGCAGCAGGAGCUCCAGGAGUACGAGGUGGUAACUGAGUCGGACAACAGAGACGACCAGUGGGACCAAGAGAUCGAGAAGAUGCUCCAGACUGAUGAGAGCUAAAUAAGGUCCCCAUGUCUGUCCUCUCUCCACUCAGUGACCCAUAAUGCACCAGUGGAUCUGCUUUCAGAUCCAGAAGAUAUUUACAAAAGGUUUUGUAAACUGUUAAGAUCAUUUAUUCUCUGAAAUGACAUUGAAUCAUAGAAAAAAAAAAACACAUUUUCCUCAGUGUCCAAACUACUGUCUUAAUAUCACAUAAUAAAUUGUUCAAACUGCUGAAUUUCAAAAUAUUAAAUUCACAGUGAUGGAAUCUGACAUAAAAGCAACAAACUACCCAUAUUUACAAAGGUGAAAACAGUUUUUGUUUUCUUGAUCAGUAAUUGAUGAACACAGUGGUGAAUUAAAAUGAGUUGUUUUGUUUUACCAACAUUUGUUUCAGGUCAUUGUUUUUUCUCUAAAAAAAGAUUCUACACUUGGAAAAAAAGGUUUUCUCAUCCUGAGUUGUGAUGCGCCUGCUGAUCAUGGUGUUUAUGCUCAGGCACAAUCAUGAAGCACUACUUUUACUCUUUUUUAUAUGCACAGUGGCAUGUAACCAUUGGCCUUUUACAUUUUUUUUUAAAUUACAUCAAAAUUAAAUUAAUUCCAGCUUCUCUGUAUUAAAAUUUGUAAAACUCGUCCUUUAAACUCACAAUGAGAGACUGUGCAGGCUUCAUUGUCGCGUCCCACAGAGCCUGAACUCAAGGUUCUAGAAAUUGAGCAAUAUUUCCACCUUAUGGGCAUUUACCAUGAUUGCAGGUGCAACAGAAUUUCGCAAAGGGUGCUCAUAUAACAGAGACUAAAAGACACACCAAGGCUUUGAACCAGUUCACAGGACAAAAUCAGGAACAACUAUUUCACUGGGGAAGGGUGGCAAAACAGAAACUUUGUAUGUUAAUCUUACAGAGAAUAAAUGUUUGUUUUAAAUAAUGUUAACUAGUGAAUAACAUUAUUUGAAGCAAUAAUUAUUCUUUUGUAAAGUAUUUUCUGCUCACAAUAACUAGCUUGGCAGAUAGUUCUGGAGGAAAUCACUGAAGAAAUGAACAAUUUGAAAAUUUGGUUUGACCAAAACAAAUUAUCAUUAACUUCACUUCCUGUAUAAGUGUGGCACAUCUUUGAAUGGCAGAGAGAAGUUUGCUAGCUUCAGAUGAUUAAUGUAGAAUAUGGUGUGAUCUUGUUUCCAACUACAAGAGCCAAAUAUUGUCCAGUGAACCUUAUAAAUGUGGGUUUUAGAGAUCAGCAUCUCCAAUGUUUGAUGGACAGGCUAACGUAUAAAGAGAAAUAAUGUUGGAAAUGGCUACCUCCAGUUAACUUAAUAAUGCCAUCAUAGCCUAAAUUAGCUGCAUCUUGAGAUCACAGAGUAAAAUAUAGCCAAUAUUGUUAAACUUUUUUUUAAUUACAUCUUAAAGUAACACAUUAUGAUGCCACACAUUCUUACAUAGAAGAUUGUCGCCUGAAAUUUCUUUUGGUUCAAACUGGUUCCGGAACAAUAAUUUUAAGGUGGAACCUAAAAUUGGAAAUGUUGAAAUCCAAAUAGUGAUUUUAAGGCCUGUACAACUAAAGAAGCCUGUAUCUCCAUCAGAGUUGUGAGUGUUUUGGUGGCUUCCCUCACUAGUUUCUUCCUUGCACGGUUACUCAGCUUUAGUGAAUGUCUUACUCCAGAGACAGUUAUACAGUACCAUAGUCUUUGUAUUUCUUCAUGACUGAUGUCAUCAGUGAAGUACAAAACCGAGUCAAUGUGAAAAAGAUCACGUUUCCGUAUUCCAAAUUGUAGUGGUUGGGGGGGGUGAUAUUGUAAAGCUGAUGACACCCCAUACUUCUGUUUUCUGUUAUUUUGGUUUUGACUUUUUUCUUUUUUUUGAGUAAACUGUUUUCAUUCAGAGUUUAAAGGGCAUCAUUUUAGAUUUUUUUAAAUGGAGAAGCUCUGAAUUUCUUUGUAAGAAAAGUGAUGUAAUUUAAAGAAGAAGUUCAGAAGAACAAUAAAAGAAAAAAAUGUGUAGGAUGCCAACAGUUUACAAAUAUUUCUAUUUUACUUGAUUUAUAUUUGGGGUCACCAUAUUUGGGGAGCAAGGUUGGUCAGCCCCUGGUCGCCGGGCUUUUUUUCUUUUUUUUUUUUUUUUUUUUUUUAAGUGAUGAAAGCCGCUAGAGGGCGUGCUCAUACAAUGUAUCAGGUAUAUUAUAAUGUAAAGGGUUCUCUUUGCAAUCAGAUCUAAAUUAAACUCUCCCAUGUUGUUUUCACUGCUGGUUUCUGGUAGGUUGUACAGUAAACUCUGAGUCUAGUUAUAGUGUAGUAAAGUUGAUUGUGAUGCUGCGUCAUGUAAAUAAAGAUUCUUUAACAA